AUGGCUCCGACGCUGCUCCAGCCGCCCGUGCGGGAGGACCUACAUGGAGGAGAAGUGUCGGACUCAAUCGCCUCCUUCGCUUCCCUGCGCUCUCGCUCCACCGCCUCAUCGGUGCGGAGCACCCGAGGCCCGCUGGAAGAGAGCUACGAUCUCAAGGUCCCCCUCGGUGAAGGCCGCUUCGGGACAGUGCGCGAGGUCGUUCGCAAGGGCAGCAAGGAGCGCUUUGCCGUGAAGGUGAUGGAGUCCGGGAAGGACAGCGAGUCGGAGUUUAAAGCCCUCGCCGAGCUCCACCACCCGAACAUCGUGGAGCUCCACGAGGCGCGGGAGCACAAUGGUACGGCCUACUUCAUCAUGGACCUCUGCAAAGGGGGGACUUUGAUGCAGUGGAUGCAAGACCGCUUCGAGAAGCACCUUGGGAAGGAGCUGUAUCAGCGCCCGUCUUCAAGGCAGCUGGGAAGGCUUCUCUGGCAAACGCUGGACGCCGUGCGCUACCUCCACUCCUCUUGCAUCGUGCACCGGGACAUAAAGCCUCAGAAUAUGCUUCUGGUCAAGGGGGGGCCAAAUCCCCAGCUGAAGCUGGCGGACUUCAACUUGGCUACAGAGCUCCAAGGGGAGCCCUUGACGAAAUGUUGCGGUACGCCAGGUUACAUGGCACCCGAGGUGGUCACGGGGAAGUACUCGGAGCUCUGCGACAUGUGGAGUGUCGGGGUCGUCUUCUACCAGAUGGUGACAGGCCUGCGGCUCUGGAAGGAUGUCGAGACCAAGGAGGAUCACUUCAGUCAACUCCUGGCCGAAACGCCGCUGACUCUGCAGACCACGGCUGCUUGGAGCAUCCAUGGCGAGGGUGCGCGAGACCUGGCGCAAGAGAUGCUGUUGCUGGAGUCGCAAGGGCGGUCUACGGCAGCAGGCGCGAUGGAGCACGAUUGGCUGCAGAAGCAUGCGCUGGGGGCCGAGCAAGGGUGCUGCACAAUCAGCUAA